AUGGAGAGCGCCGGGGCCCAGGAGACCCGGGGCGCAGAGGCUCCUCGCCCGGCCGCGCCCCCGCCCUCGCCCGCGGAGCCCCCAGCCGCGCCCCGCGCCCGUCCCCGCCUGGUCUUCCGCACGCAGCUGGCGCACGGCAGCCCCACGGGCAAGAUCGAAGGCUUCACCAACGUCCGCGAGCUCUACGCCAAGAUCGCCGAGGCCUUCGGGAUCGCGCCCACAGAGAUCUUAUUCUGUACCCUAAACAGCCACAAAGUGGACAUGCAGAAACUCCUGGGUGGCCAGAUAGGGCUGGAGGACUUUAUCUUUGCCCAUGUGCGCGGCGAGACCAAGGAGGUAGAGGUCACUAAGACCGAAGACGCCCUGGGACUGACCAUCACGGACAACGGGGCCGGCUACGCCUUCAUUAAGAGGAUCAAGGAGGGCAGCAUCAUCAACCGGGUCCAGGCUGUGUGCGUAGGCGACAGCAUCGAGGCCAUCAACGACCACUCCAUCGUCGGCUGCCGCCACUACGAGGUAGCCAAGAUGCUCCGGGAGCUGCCCAAGUCCCAGCCUUUCACCCUGCGCCUGGUGCAGCCCAAGAGAGCCUUCGAUAUGAUCGGCCAGAGGAGCCGCGGCAGCAAAUGUCCCACGGAAGCAAAAAUGGCCAGUGGGAGGGAGACCCUGCGUCUUCGUUCUGGGGGGGCUGCCACAGUGGAGGAAAUGCCCAGCGAGUUCGAGGAGGAGGCGUCGCGGAGAGUGGACGACCUGCUGGAGAGCUACAUGGGCAUUCGGGACCCAGAGCUGGCAGCCACCAUGGUGGACACGUCCAAGAAGACGCGGAGCGUCCAGGAGUUCGCGCACCAUUUAGAUUCCGUCUUGGGCGAGUUCGCCUUCCCGGACGAGUUUGUGGUGGAGGUGUGGGCCGCCAUCGGCGAGGCCAGGGAGGCCUGUGGCUAGUCUGCCCCAGGGCCGAGCGCAGCCCCAGCCCAGAACCCAGCCCCCCACCCCAGCCCGCCCGGCCCGUUCCUGAAGCCCAGCUCGGCCCCAGGGCCCAGCCCGGAUCUGAGACCCAGCCCUGCUCUAGAGACCAGGCAGGCUCUGGGACCCAGCUUCCUGCUAGAACCCCUACCAGUUCUGAGAGGUCAAGUCUCAGCUCUGAGGCCAAGUCUUGCUCUAAAACCAAGCCCAGCUCUGAGACCAAGCCCUGUUCUAGACCUCGGGCCAACCCUGAGACAAAGUUCAUCGCUAGAAGGCAAUUCAGUUCUGAGACCCAACGCAGCCCCGAAACCCAGCCCUUCCCUGGAACCCAAGAUAGCUCUGAAGCUAGACCAAGCUCAGAAACCAAGUUAAGGUCUGGGUCCCAGACAAGUUUUAAGACACAGCCCGGUUCGGAGAUCGAUCCCAGUUCCGGAAGCCAGCCCAGAUCUGUGUCCAAGCCCUGCCAUAAAACUCAACCUGAUGGGGGAGCUCAAGACAGUCGCAUGACACAGCCGUACCUAGAUGCCCCGUCUAGCUCAGGAACUCCCGUUAGUUCUGGAGCCCAGAUCAGACUCAAGAAACAAUCCAGCAACAGUAGCCACCCAGGCUCAGGACUGGAAGACGGCUCCCAAACCCAGCCCUGCUCACGAGCCCAGAAGCUUGCUGCAGCUCAGUCCAGACCCAGAUCCCAGCCCUGUUCUGCAACCCAGCUGCCCUCGAGUACUCACCAGCAUCCUGGGGCCUGGUCCGGUUCCAGCGAUGAGUCCAGCUCAGAGACCGAGCCCAGUUCCAGACCCCAGUCUCGGGCUACUACCAGGCCCAACUCCCGAAUUCAGGCAAGCUCUGACACCCCAUCCACUUCUGAGGCAAGGCCCGCCUCCAGAGCUCGGCUGGAUGCCAAGCCCCGCUCUCCCUGCAGAGCGCAGACCAGCUCUAGAAUACCAUCGAACUCUGGGACCCAGACCGGUUUCAAGACCGGGAGCAUUUCCAGAGCUCGGUCCAGCUCAGGCAGUCCACCCAGCUCCAGAACUCCGCUCCAUUCUGAGGCACGGACUGGGUCUGAAACCCCAUCCAGCUGCCAACCACAGUCGGCUGCUGAGAGCCCACUGAGCUCCAGAAUCCAGCUAAACUCCGGAAUCCGGCCUAGCCUCGGGACCCAGACAGAGACAGCAACAGACUUAAGCCCCACAAUUCUGUCUAGCUCUGAAAGCGGACCCAGCUCCGGGACCCAGACUUGUCUGGGAGCUCAGUCAAUCUCUGGGACUCAGCGUACCUCGGAAAUGCUAUCAAGCUCUAGACACCAGCUGCAGGCCACAGCCCAAGGCAGUUCUGGUGUUGAGCUGGACUUUGGGAAGCAGACCGGCUCUGGAACUCAGGCAAGCUCCAGGAUUCACUCCAGCCCAGAAACCCAGCCCAACCUGGAAACCCAGAGUGAUUCCAGAACACAACCUGUUUCUGAAACCCAACCCAGCUCUAGAACCCUGACAAGUUCUGGAACCCAGCUCAGGCCUGAGAUCCAGCCCACUUCAGAGACCCAGCCCAGUGCAAGAUUUCAGCCCAGCUCCAGGAUUCAGCUCAGCCCUGAGACCCAGCCCAACUCUGGAACCCAGAGCAGUUCAGGAACUCAGCUCAGCUCUGGAAUUUACCUUAAUUCUAGAACCCAGCCUGUUUCUGGAACCCAGUCCAGCUCCAGAACCCAGACCAGUUCUGGAAUCCAGCUAAGCUCCAAGACGCAGCCCAGCUCUGGGACCCAGAGCAGUGCAAGAAUUCAACCCAGCUCUGGAGCCCAGCUCAGCUCCAGAACUCUGUCCAGUCCUGAGACCCUGCUCAAAUCUGAGACCCAGCUCGGUCACGGGAUUGAGUUCAGCUCAGAGACACAGCCCAUCUCUGGAAGCCAGCCCAGGUCAAGAAUGUUGGGCAACAUUCAACCCAGCUCUGGAAUUCACCUCAGUUCUAGAAUACAGCCUCUUUCUGGAACUCAACCCAGCUCCAGAACCCAGAGUAGUUCUGGAACCCAGGCCAGCUCUGUGACCCAGAGCAGCACAAGAAAUCAACCCAGCUGUGGAGCCCAGCUCAGCUCAAGAAUGCAGUUUUCCUCUGAGAUUCAGCUCAGCUCUGAAACCCAACCCAGCUCCAGAACCCUGAUUAGUUCUGGAACCCAGCUCAAUCCUGAGACCCAGUCCACCUCAGAGACCCAGCCUAGGGCAAGAAUUCAGCUCAGCCCUGAGAUCCAGCCCAACUCUGGGACCCAGAGCAGUACAAGAACUCAGCCCAGCUCUGGAACUUACCUUAGUUCCAGAACCCAGCCUGUUUCUGGAGCCCAGUCUAGCCCCAGAACCCAGACCAGCUCAAAGAUCCAGCUCAGCUCUAGAAAUGGACUCCACCUACAGACCUCUGGCCUUGACCCUAGAGCCCAAGCUGAUCUCACUCCCCCAGCCCAACAUCAGCCCCCAGGCCCACCGCCCAGAGUACUGACUCUGGCCCCUAGCACAGUCGCUCAGCCCCAGCCCCAGCCCCAUGAUCUGGUACAUGGAACGCAGGCCAACAGCAGCCUGGGCCGAAGCCCACCAACUUUCCACCUAGCCCCACAGCCACGGAUCCCCUCAGCCCCCCAGAAACCAGCCCUCUUCCCCAAGCCCCAGCAAGGACCCCAGAAGUCCACCCCACCCACCAGAUCUAUCCUCACUAGUUCGGCUCCCGAGGCUCCCAGCCCCCUGAGUCCCUAGCCCAGAAGCCUGUCCCCUCCCCCACACUCAAGGAGUCAAGGUCUGCUCCUAUGGGGUUAGAGCCCCUCCGCCACCAUGGGGAGCUGUAGCUUGAGGGCAACACAGUUUUGGCUCCCAUAAUCCCCCCACAGUCCUGUCUCCUGUCCCUCCAAGCUGGGUCCCCUGGAGGCAGCAGGUGACCUCAUUCCCCCAGCAGGUAGGUGUUGGGGGAGGAGGAAGAGUGGAAACAGGGACUUUAGUUUCACUUGGGCCUGGCUCUGGGCGGUGUAAGCAGAUCCCAGGUCUGUGGAGUGGAAAGCUGGGUGUGCGUGCGUGUGGGGGGGGCAUGUGGGCAGGAGGCAGAGAAAUGGGGAUCAGGGGGCAAUUGUGUCCUCAUGUACCUUGAGGGCUCAUGGGGAAUAAAGGCACCUCUCCCACCCCUGCA